AUGGCAGCCACCGGCUCAGAGCACUCGCAAGAGAAAUGGCCGCAAAACACAGAGCACCAGUCGCGCGACUCAGACUCGAUCGGAGAGUCCAUCUCCUCGGUGGAUACACAGCAGGACCACGAUGCGCUGGGCAAGACCCUCACAGUUCGCGCAUCGCGCAACUCAGAGCACAUGUCCCUCUCGCAGCGUGUCACGACUAUCCCAACGAACGGCACCUCCAAUCCAAACUAUGAAGUCGACUGGGAUGGCGAGGAUGAUCCUGAGAAUCCCAAGAACUGGACUCUGGGAUAUAAAGCUAUGGGAUUGCUCUUUCUGUCUUGGAAUACACUCAUCGUUGUCCUCUACUCAACUUCCUACACAUCAGGCGUCACCCAAAUCGGCGCCGAAUUCUCUGAAUCCUCAACAAUCGUCACGCUAGGCCUUACAUUCUACCUAAUCGGCCUCGCCAUCGGCUCAAUGUUCAUGGCUCCCCUCAGCGAAGUCUACGGCCGUAAACCCGCCUGCAUCGGCUGCCUCUCAAUAUUCACUAUCCUAAUCAUCCCCUGCGCCCUCGCCAAAUCGGUCACGGCUCUCAUCGUCAUCCGCUUCAUCGGCGCCUUCUUCGGCAGCGUCAUGAUCUCAACGGCACCCGGAAUGGUCGCGGAUCUAGUCGAUGACGAGCAUCGGGCUCUCGCAAUUUCGAUUUGGAGUAUUGGACCGCUGAAUGGACCCGUUCUUGGACCUGUUAUUGGCGGUUUUGUUACACAGUACCUGGGCUGGCGAUGGAUGUGCUGGAUUGCGCUCAUGCUGUCGGGCGUUGCGCUUGUUUUUGCGCUUGUUUUGAAAGAGACGUAUGCGCCGACGCUUUUGCAAAAGAAGGCUGCUCGAUUGCGAAAGGAGACGGGUGAUGAGCGCUGGUGGUCGCGGUAUGAUCAGAAAGCGAGUCUUUCUGAGAUUCUCAAGUUGAAUCUGAGUCGGCCGUUUGUGAUGGCUGUCACUGAGCCGAUUUGCAUCUUCUGGAACAUCUACAUCGCCAUCGUCUACGGAAUCCUCUACCUCUGCUUCACAGCCUACCCCAUAGUCUUCGAAGAAAUCCGCGGCUGGAGCCUCGGUUUCUCCGGCCUCGCAUUCCUGGGCAUUGGCAUUGGCGUCCUCAUCACCAUCGCCUGUGAACCUUUCGUCCGCCGCCUCAUCAACAGCCACGAAGUCGAUCCCGAGACGGGCAAGCCCCACCCCGAGGCAAUGGUCUCCUUCGUCUGCAUCUGCUCGAUCCUCAUUCCCAUCGGCGAGCUCUGGUUCGCCUGGACCUGUGCCCCGGCCUCAAUCCACUGGAUCGUCCCGCUGCUCGCCGGUAUUCCGUUCGGCGCAGGAAACACAGGCGUCUUCAUCUACGCUUCCAACUAUCUCACCUACAGCUAUGGCAUGUACGCCGCCAGUGCGUUGGCGGGUAACUCGGUUAUUCGCAGUGUGUUGGGUGGGGUGCUCCCGCUGGUCGGAUCGUAUAUGUAUGACAGCCUCGGACCGAAUUGGUCGGGGACUUUGCUGGGACUGUUGGAGGUUGCUAUUGUGCCUAUCCCGUUUGUCUUUUAUAAGUAUGGGUAUAAGAUUCGCAUGAAGAGUAAUCUUAUUGUGCGCAUGCAGGAGGAUAAGAAGAAGCUUGAGGGUCGACGGGCGAAGAAGGGGCCUAGGCAGGGGCUGCGCCUCCGAAUGAUGAGGAGAAGCAGAAUGAGGCGAACUGAGUACGCUCGUUUUGUGAGUCUUUAA